UAACACUAAUGUAAAUUAAAAAUGGCGUUUGUGUUGUGUUGAAGAGUUUACGAUAAACAACGUACGUCUUGUCUUUUGUGUAACGUUAUAAUUCUUGGUGUACAAAUCAAAUUUAUCAUAUAUCAUUAGCUAGUGAUAAUAUAAAGUGAACUAAUGAGUUUAUUGACCGAUGUCUGCCGUGGCUCCCACUAUCCCCGGGGCUGACCCAGCAAAGGAUAUACAAAAGCGCCGUGCUGGCAGUAUUGGAUCCGAUGAAGACGACGCAAGUGGCGGGAAAUAUACAAGGAUGGAGGAGGACAAUAUUCAAGACAAAGAGAGGUUUGCGAGUCGCGAGAAUCACUGCGAGAUCGAACGCCGCCGGCGGAACAAGAUGACAGCGUAUAUCACGGAACUAUCUGACAUGGUUCCAACAUGCUCCGCCCUCGCACGCAAGCCCGACAAGCUCACCAUACUGCGGAUGGCUGUGGCACACAUGAAAGCUUUGAGAGGCACCGGCAAUACUUCCACUGAUGGUACCUACAAACCGUCUUUCUUAACUGACCAGGAACUAAAGCACUUGAUUCUUGAAGCAGCCGACGGAUUCCUGUUCGUUGUGAGCUGCGACACCGGCCGCAUUAUUUAUGUUAGUGACAGCAUAGCUCCAGUACUGAACUACUCUCAGGGAGAAUGGUACUCGUCGUGCUUAUAUGAUCAGGUACAUCCUGAUGACGUCGAAAAGGUGCGAGAACAAUUGAGCACCCAGGAGCCCCAGAACACGGGGCGUAUUUUAGAUCUGAAGACUGGAACUGUUAAAAAAGAGGGACAUCAAUCAUCCAUGCGUCAAGUGAUGGGUUCGCGGCGCGGGUUCAUCUGUCGCAUGCGUGUCGGAGGGUCGGCCGAGGGCGCCCAUCUCGGCCGCCUGCGCGCGCGCAACUCGCUGGGUCCGUCGCACGACGGCCACAACUAUGCCGUCGUCCAUUGUACUGGAUAUAUUAAAAACUGGCCUCCUACAGAUCUGUUUCCAGGCAUGCAGAUGGACCGCCCGGUGGAAGACGAGCUCCAUGCUUCACAUUGCUGUCUCGUCGCCAUCGGAAGAUUACAGGUGACAUCAACACCAAACGCGUCGGAGAGCAGCGUGUGCGGCGGCGGCGUGGAGUUCGUGUCGCGGCACUCGGCGGACGGGCGGUUCACGUUCGCGGACCAGCGCGCCACGCAGGUGGUCGGGUACGCGCCCGCCGACCUGCUCGGGAAACUGUGCUACGAGUUCUACCACCCCGAGGACCAACAGCAUAUGAGGGACAACUUUGACCAAGUGCUGAAAUUAAAGGGCCAAAUAAUCUCUUUGAUGUACCGGUUUCGCACCAAAAGCAGAGAGUGGGUUUGGCUGAGAACUUCCGCCUUCGCCUUCUUAAAUCCAUACAACGACGACGUAGAAUAUAUCGUUUGCACAAAUACCUUGGCUAAUCGUUCGUUGGGCAGUACAGCGGGCGAGGCGGCGCCCGAGGAGAACUACGACUACCACCUGCGGCACCGGGACGUGUACCAGGCGCAGGCGCAGGCGCAGCCUCCCGCCAUACACCAGCAGCAUCACGCGCCGCCAGUAGGCGCGGCGGCGCACGCGCGCUCCCCGGGCGAGGCGGGCGCGCCGGCCGCGGGCUACGCGCCGCACUACGCGCCCGAGUACUCGCCGCACAGGCCCGCCAACACGCCGCCGCACACCACCUGGACCACCCUGCGCCCGGGCGGCGCCGGCAACGAGACGUACGCGUACAGCGGCGAGGCGGGCGGCGCGGCGGGCGCGGCCGCGUCCCCCGCGCGCUCGCCGCCCGCGCCCGCCUACCUGCCGCCCGCCGCGCACUACCACCACCCGCACCCCACGCACGGUAUGUGGUCGUGGCAGGGCGGCGGCGCAGGCGGCGUGGCGCCGGCGCCGGGCGCUGAGGCGGGCCACGCGCCGCACGAGCUGUCCGACAUGCUGCAGAUACUGGACCAGAGCGGCGGCGCCACCUUCGAAGACCUCAAUAUCAACAUGUUCAACUCCAACUUCGAAUAGACUCAGUGAACCGCGUACCUAGCCUUGUAUAAUAUACCACUACGUGCUCUGCCUCCGACGGUCCGUGCCGCGACUGCGCUUCGGAUGAUUUACUAUAAUUAAUAUUAUUUUUAUGAAAUUGGGUGCCGCGUCGUUUGGACUGCGGAUGAACGUCGUCGGCCGGUCGUGGCGGGUACCGGCAUAAUGAGCGUAGUAAUAUAAAUAAAAAUAGUGGUACUUUUAAUGUGAAUAACGUUGUUCACUGACGCGCUCAUUUUAAAAGUACUUCGUACCACACGUAUUUUUAAAACUUAGUUAUUACGAGUGAAACGGCGAAUGAGUAAACACUGUACAGUUAGUUUAAAAUACGAGUGCGGAAAUACCAUUUAUUUAAGAAUUGCGAAAUACCCGUUAUUUCGUGAAAUAGCGGCAGCUGAAUUAUACCCGGUCGUUCAGUCCGUGCUCAGUAUGUCGACUGUAUUAAAUCACUAUUUACCAUAUCUGAAGUAAUAUUUAUCCGAACAAAAAUUUCGUAACGCUACACUAACUGCGAGUCUUAUGAUGACAACUAAUUUUAUCAAAAUAAAUAUUAAGUUAUAAUUUGCACAAACGGUUAAUUUUGAUACAUUUUUAAAAUUGGUAAAGUGGUAAUUUUUGUUUAGAUAAAUAUUUGAUUUUAUUAUUUGUAAAUACAUAGUGAUAAAGCGGUUUUGUGCUGGAGUACACUUGUAAUUUGCAGGAACGUACAAUGCUUUCCCAAUAUUUAUCUGAAAAUACAUGAGACAUAAUUUAGCAUCAUUGUAUUUCAUAAUAUCACCUUUUAUAAAUAUUCCUGCCCAUUACCGAGGCACUCCAGCGUGCAGAGCUUGUAUAAAACACUUUCUAAGUAUUAGUGAAACAAACGGAACAAUGAAAAUAAGUAUAGUAGUUUACUAGCUAUUUCAAUUGAAAAAUUAAACACUUAAUCAUGCAUCAGUAUUGAAAGCCACAUUGUAAUAGCUGGUAAAAUACAAUACUAAUUGAAAUAUUUGAAAGUUUUGGAAAGUGUUAUAGGCAUUAAUUUUAUAAGAAAAUUCAUAAAUCAAGAUUAUUUUAAAUUUAUUUUAUUUUUAUAAUUUAGCAAGGUAAAGAUAGAUACCUAUUUUACGUAAGUAAUGCAUUUACGAUUUUUCAUAAUUAAAAUUUUAAUUUUAAUUGGUUCUUUCAUUAGAUAUACCAGAAUUUUUGUAAAAUGAAUUUUUCAUUAUAUUAAACGAUAUACACUGUA